AAAAAGAAAGAACAGAGAUUUCCGAAGCCGAGUUAGAGAAAAUCGCCCGAGAAAUAAUGCCGAGUUUGAAUACUGAUGAUAUCGAAAAAGCCAAAAAAAUUGUGGCCGGCACGGUGCGAAGUUUCGAAAAAGUUACUAAUAAACACUAUAAUUCAUCCGAAGCCAUAGAUUUUUUAAAAAAUAACAAUCCGGAGAAAUUAAAAAAUAUUGAAGCCAAAAAAGAAAGAAAAGUAGCAGUAAUAAAGGAAGGAUUGCCAGAAAAUAUUCAAGAAAGUUGUCAAAAAAGUUUUGAGAAAUUAUUAGUCCAUCCUGCUGGUGAAGAAGUGAUUAAACCCUUGCAAAAAUUAUUAGGUCCCAAGGGAAUUUAUCCCACCAAAAAAAAUGGUUCAUUAACUGAAAAUAUAUUAGAAGAAGUGGAAAAGUUUAAAAAGGGGGAAGGAGAAAUCAAAACUGAUAAGGGCGGCAAUGUUCAUGUAAUAAUUGGUAGCAGUGAUUUUAGCCCAGAGCAAUUGGAAGAAAAUUACAAAAUAAUAUAUAACAAGAUGAUAGAGUUAAAACCAGUCGGUUGGAAAGGUGAUUUUCUAAAAAAUAUAACUCUUUCAACAACGAUGGGUCCUGGGUUGAGAAUACUAAAAUAG